AUGGGCCUUGGAAAAGUCAAAAAGGUCGUCCUGGUCCUCUCAGGCAAAGGAGGAGUAGGCAAAUCUUCAGUUACAACACAAUUAGCAUUGUCGCUUGCAUCUCAAGGUCAUUCUGUCGGUAUUCUCGAUGUUGAUCUCACCGGCCCCUCAAUUCCACGCAUGCUCUCAAUUGAAGCAUCCAAGGUCACUCAAGUUCCUGGAGGCUGGGCACCAGUACUCGUCCACGAAGGCGAUGAGUCAAAAGGCCUCGGAAGUCUACAUGCCAUGAGUUUGGGAUUUUUACUCCCCGCAAGAGGUGACGCUGUUGUAUGGAGAGGACCCAAAAAGACAGCCAUGAUCCGACAAUUCUUAAAGGACGUCCUCUGGGAUGAAACGGAUUAUCUACUCAUCGAUACACCACCAGGAACAAGCGACGAACACAUUUCACUCGCAGAGACCCUCCAGAAAGAUGCGACACCAGGACAAGUCGCGGGCGCAGUGGUCGUCACAACACCACAAGCAGUAGCCACAGCCGACGUACGAAAAGAACUUAAUUUCUGCACAAAGACAAACAUUCGCGUUUUGGGAGUGGUGGAAAACAUGAGCGGUUACGUCUGCCCGCACUGUUCCGAGUGCACCGACAUUUUUGGAUCCGGGGGAGGAAAGUCAAUGGCCGAAGAGUUCAACGUUCCAUUUUUGGGAAGUGUACCGAUGGAUGCGCAGUUUAUCGCGUUGUUGGAAGAGGGAAGACGUCCGACAUACCCGUCUGGUACGACAAUCGGAGGGAAGGAUAUUUCGCAAACAGAGUCGCAAGACGGUGAAGGGGAAGGGAACUUGGUGGACAAGUACCGGGAUUGUUCACUAUUUCACGUGUUUAAGGAUAUUACGGACAAGGUGUUGGUUAAUGUGGCCGGUUAG